AUGUUGCGAGCUGUGCUGGGCCGGGCUCCGGUGUUGCUGAGCCGCACGCGGCCCCGGAGACCCGGUCUGAGGCAGCUAUGGGCUCGUGGGGCCCUUCCGGAAGCCGCGGGGAAGCGGUGGGCCUGGGAUUGGAAUUGGCGGCGCUUGAGCUCCGAGCCGGGGCAGGGGCCCGGGACCGCUCUGGGUCGCGUGGAAUCAAAGCACUACCAGCUGGUCUACACCUGUAAGGUUUGUGGGACCCGCUCCUCCAAGCGCAUCUCCAAGCUGGCCUACCACCAGGGCGUGGUCAUUGUGACCUGCCAGGGCUGUCGGAACCAUCACAUCAUCGCAGACAACCUGGGUUGGUUCUCUGACCUGGACGGGAAGAGGAAUGUUGAAGAAAUCCUGGCGGCCCGAGGGGAGCAGGUGCGGCGGGUGGCCGGCGAUGGGGCACUGGAAGUGGUCUUAGAGGCUGCGGCGGCCCCCCAGUCCACUGCUUCUCUAGAAGGGGGUGAGGAUGAGGACUCCGCCCACCCUGGCAAGUCAGAGACCCCCUGA